AUGCAACAUCUGAGCCGUGUUGGAAUCAUAGCUGCAAUGCGAAUGCUACUUGCAUGCCAGUUUUCAAUCGAAACAAUUCUUACUAUUGUUCGUGCAAAAGUGGAUAUUAUGGGAAAGAUUGUAGCUUGUCGUUUUGGACCACAUUGCAAUUUGCAAUACGAUGAGUGCAAUUCGAAUCCAUGUCUGAGCGAUGGAACUUGUGCUCCUAAUUAUGAUAUGAGCGGAGAAGCAUCGUACAUAUGCAUCUGUUCACAACGAUUCUAUGGAAAUCAGUGUCAGAAUACGAAGGCAUCUGUUCACAUUAAUUUAAACAUAGCAAAUAUAUCGUCUGUUCGUGCAACUGUUGUUCAACUUUACAAUAUUGGGAAACCUUCUUUUUUGCUUAUCAUGCAACACGGAAAAGUUUAUCAUGGCGUGCCAUCGGUAGUUCAAUACAAUCAUGCUGAUUUUUAUGCACCAUAUGUUGGAGUUCUCAAAAUUUACGAAGAUUUCGCACAUCCAAAAUAUUUCAUUAUGUAUGCUUUGCUUCAAAUGAUGAUCAAUAUCACCUCAUCACCAGAACACUGUCCACAUGUUUCAUCGCUGUUAUCCGAGUUUACAAAUAGUUCCGUACCAAUCGUCUUCAGAUAUCAUCACAUCUGUCAAAAUGAUAAUCAAAGUUUCUGUUUUCAUGAUGAAAACUAUUUAUGUAUAUGUGAUUCAGAUAAUUAUCGUGCCGAAUGCUUUAUUCACAAUCCACAAAUAGAUCAUUGCGGAUGUGAGUGUCGAUGUGCUAAGCAAAAUAUGACGCGUUUUGAUCUUGCUUAA